GCGGCUGACGUGUAAUCCAAAAUGUCAGCACCCAGGGAACAUGUACACCGGGGUUGUUUAUAGGACUACUUUCUGCAAAAAGAGGAAAACCCGUCUUAUUUAUUGGCCAUUAUCGGCCUAUACUUUAUGAAUAUCAUGUCAGAAGUAUCCUACAUUUUAAGGAAUGCAUUUUACUUACUCUAGCCUGUAUUUCGUCAGAUAAUUUACUUGGUGAAACGUGACAGAAACAUGUCGUUUUCUCUAGUGAGACGCUGGGGUGAAUCACCUCUUUUCAGACGGGCUUUGCAGUUUAAAAUGUACAGAAGGAGAGUCCAGACCGAUAGAAUGACCCACAUAUUGUUGAGACAUCGGUGGAUGAAAAGACUACCUGUGUUCACGUGCAGCUCAAAAACGAUCAGCACACAAACAGACAAGGAUACUACAGACCUGUCUCAGUUCACUACGGACAGAAUCAGGAACUUUUGCAUUAUCGCUCAUAUUGACCAUGGGAAAAGCACUUUGGCUGACAGGUUGUUGGAGAUGACGGGUGCCAUAACAAAGAGUGACAAGAACAAACAGGUGCUGGACAAGCUUCAAGUGGAACGAGAGAGAGGAAUAACAGUAAAGGCCCAGACAGCCUCGUUGAUUUACAACCACCAGGGACAGAAGUACCUUCUGAACCUCAUUGACACACCGGGUCAUGUGGAUUUCAAUUAUGAAGUGUCUCGAUCGAUUUCUGCAUGCCAAGGUGUCCUGUUGAUUGUCGAUGCCAAUCAGGGGGUUCAAGCGCAGACGGUGGCCAACUUCUACCUGGCUUUUGAAGCUCAGUUGGCAGUCAUCCCUGUUAUCAACAAGAUUGAUUUGAAAAAUGCUGAUCCUGAAAGAGUUGAGUCACAGAUUGAAAAGUUGUUUGAUAUUCCACGUGAAGAAUGCAUAAAGAUAUCAGCCAAACUUGGUACAAAUGUGGAAAAUGUCCUCCAGGCAGUUGUGAACAGAAUUCCAGCGCCUGUGGCGAGUGUGGAUGACCCAUUCAAAGCCUUAGUGUUUGACUCCAGCUUUAACCACUAUAGAGGAGUCGUGGCAAAUAUUGCUGUGUUUGGAGGCCGGGUCAGGAAAGGGGACAGGAUCGUGUCAGCACAUCUUGGUAAAAGCUACGAGGUGAACGAGCUGGGGCUCCUCCGGCCAGAUGAGUACCAAACACAGGGGCUUUUUGCAGGCCAGGUUGGCUACAUCAUCGCAGGGAUGAAGGAUGUUAAAGAGGCCCAGAUUGGUGACACGCUCUACCACCAGGAGCGGCCUGUGGAAGCUCUUCCAGGGUUUAAACCUGCCAGAGCCAUGGUCUUUGCUGGCAUGUACCCGAUGGACCAGUCAGAUUAUCAAGGCCUUCGCAGUGCCAUUGAGAGACUGACCCUGAAUGACUCCAGCGUCUCAGUUCAGAGAGACAGCAGUCUGGCCUUGGGUGCAGGCUGGAGACUUGGCUUCCUGGGUCUUCUUCAUAUGGAGGUGUUCAAUCAGAGGCUUGAGCAGGAAUACAAUGCAUCUGUGAUAGUCACUGCGCCUACUGUUCCCUACAAGGCUGUUCUAACCUCACCCAAACUCAUCAAGGAACACGGCCGUAAAGAGAUAACCAUAGUAAACCCCGCUCAGUUCCCAGACAGAUCAGUUGUGUCAGAGUAUUUGGAGCCGAUGGUGCUGGGAACCAUUCUCACUCCAGACUCGUACACGGGCAAGAUCAUGACUCUCUGCUCGAAUCGCAGAGGGAUCCAGAAGAACAUGCUGUACAUCGACAGCCAGCGCGUCAUGAUGAAGUAUCUUUUCCCUUUAAAUGAAAUUGUUGUGGAUUUCUAUGAUCUUCUUAAAUCUCUGUCGUCUGGAUAUGCAAGUUUUGACUAUGAGAAUACCGACUAUCAGGCUGCUGAUUUGAUAAAGAUGGAUAUUCUGUUAAACGGGCAGUCUGUGGAAGAACUCACCACAAUUGUGCACAGAGACCGUGCCUACACCACAGGGAAAGCAAUGUGUGAGAAACUCAAAGAUUCCAUCCCGAGGCAGAUGUUUGAGAUUGCUGUACAGGCAGCGAUUGGAAAUAAGAUCAUUGCAAGGGAAACAAUAAAGGCUUACAGGAAAAAUGUUCUUGCUAAAUGUUACGGAGGUGACAUAACUCGGAAGAUGAAGCUAUUGAAGAAACAGGCGGAAGGCAAAAAGAAGAUGCGGCUUAUCGGCAGGGUAGAAGUUCCCAAAGAUGCUUUUAUUAACGUCCUGAAAACAAAAGACAAAUAGACUCCAACAUUGUGUACUGAAGAAUAUCUAAUGUAUGGAUGUCUUACUGAAAGCCCUGCUGCUUUAUUUUUAUAAAUAAAGUGGAUGAUAAUGCUGUAAACUAA